AUGAAAGAAUAUGUUUGGGUGAUAAUAGCCGUAAUUGCAAUUCUCCUAUUUGUUCUGACAUGUAUCGGCAUUGGUACAUUCUUAUGGCGCAUGUUUCGCUAUCGUCCCAGACGUGUAAUACGGGUAUCGCCGACUACAGCAAAACCGAUACAGCCAGUUCAAAGUGUCGAAUCUCAGUACAGUAACUAUGCAAAUUAUUUAAACAACAAUGAUUCCAUGUAUAAUGCAAUGAGCCGAAAAAGAGGCGAAUUUAGUCCGCAGCUGACAUCCACUCUGCAGUCAGAGCAGUACGCCCAGAAGGAGAACUUACGUGAAUUUAACAACCGAAAUUGGGCUGCCAGAUCAGCGCCAUCGAGUUCGAUAGAUAGCGAUGAAAUACCGAAAAUAACAAACCUAUGGCAGAAACGGCAAAGCCGCGGUUUCAUCGAUCGCGACCCACCAACAGAAGAAUCCAGAUCAGACUUUUUAGAUCCAGUAGAUUUUGCAAAAAUCCAAGAGAUUUAUUCAGAGUCUCAAGUUUCCUAUGAACGAAGGCGGCCACUCUCUAAUAUUGAAUGCACUUAUCAGGAAGAUCAUCGGUAUUUCUACAACAGUGAUCGACCUGGAUGA